CUACUUCGGGUAAAAAAGGACGUUCUGGCAUGAAAUUUUUCAGGUUUCCUGCCUGGAGAAAAGAUCGUGGCUUACAAAUAGAGGACAUUAGCCGGAGACGCAGGAUAGCCUGGGUUGCAGCUGUCCGACGGAAAGAUAUCACAUUCAAUCACAUAUCUCCGAAUAUGCGUGUUUGCUCUUUGCAUUUUCAUAAAAGUCAACCUGCUUAUGAGAUGAUGGAAACUGAUCCAGACUGGGCUCCAUCCCUACGUCUUGGUCAUACUGAUCUCCAACCAACUGACAGUGCGCGCUCUGCAAGACGAGGUAAACGCCAGCAGCUGAGGAACAGUAUGCUGCAGGAGGCAGAGAGAGUGGUCCAGCAGAAUGGAGAAGUCUGUGGUCAACACAUCCCGGUGGACACUGAGCUGUCUGCAGUUACUGUGCAGGAAGAUGCCAUUACAGACAAGACUGGUGAUACGCAACAGCAAGAUGAACAACUGAAUGGCAUCCCUGAAUGUGGCACAUGCAUCCUCAAAAGUGCAGAAAUAAAUCGACUUUUGGAAGAAAAUCGAAAUCUGAGGCACCAACUUGAGAGAGUUAAAUUCAGUGAUACUUUUUUUUCAGAUGAUGACAAUGAUAAAGUUAGGCACUAUACAGGACUGCCAAAUAAACAAACAUUCAUGGAAAUUGUGUCGAUUUUGGUGCCUGCCACUUCAGACAAUAAGAAACUACUCACACCAUUUCAAAUGCUUCUUCUAACAUGUAUGCGGCUUCGACUAGAUGUUUCUGUUUAUCUUCUUGCUAAUAUGUUUUUUGUGUCUCCUAGUACUGUGUACAGAGCUUUUAGCGACACUAUCUCACAAUUGUAUACAUUUCUAAAAAAUGCCAUUAUAUGGCCCGACAGAGACACUUUACGCAAAGUUAUGCCACAUCAAUUUGUGCAGUCGUUUGGCAAUCGAGUUGCUGUCAUUAUUGACUGCUUCGAAAUUUUCACAGAGAGACCUUCCAAUGUCAAAGCAUGUGCCCAAAUGUUUUCAAGUUACAAGCACAAUCACACCAUGAAGUACCUGAUAGGCAUUACACCCAAGGGAGCCAUCUGUUUUUUGUCAAAGGGAUGGGGGGGCGUACAAGUGACAAACAUAUUACCCUGAAUAGUGGGUUUCUGGAUAAA